UCUCAGUUUCUCUCGUUCGUUUGUCGUGAUCAGUUGCAGAAGUUAGGUGCUUGCCCGUGCGGGUUUGUUCCGCGUUCGUCCUCUGUUGUGUUGUGCUAGUGUUUGUUCAUUGAAUAAAAAAUUAGAAAAGAAAACCCUGAUCGGAGGAGAGCAGUAUCUUCCUUCUGUGUUUCCGUGCGUGUGUGUUUCUCAGUUGCUGAUUUCGGUUUGGUUCCCUGUGCGCGUUGAGAAAAAUAACAAUAAAGUCCAUAAAAGACCAUCGAAACAAAUUGGUUGGAUACUGGAUUGGUUCGCCAAGCCAAAAAGCUACAAAAAAAAAACCUGAAUAUUAGUACAAAAAUCACACGACAACUUUCAAAAUGCCUGUGUUUCAUACGAAAACCAUCGAGAACAUCUUGGAGCCGGUCGCACAACAGGUCUCCCGACUAGUGAUACUGCACGAAGAAGCCGAAGAUGGCAACGCUAUGCCUGAUCUCAGCCGACCAGUACAGGCCGUCUCGUUGGCCGUUACCAAUCUGGUCAAGGUGGGCCGAGAAACGAUUCACAAUUCGGACGAUGACAUACUGAAGCAGGAUAUGCCCUCGUCGUUGGCUCGGGUUGAAAAUGCCGCUCAGUUGCUGGAGGAAGCGUCAGCAAUGCUGAGGGGUGAUCCUUUUUCCGGUCCAGCACGAAAGAAGCUGAUCGAAGGUUCCAGAGGCAUUCUGCAGGGUACUUCGUCACUGUUGCUGUGCUUUGAUGAGUCCGAAGUGCGGAAAAUUAUCCGAGAGUGCAAAAGAGUGCUGGACUAUUUGGCUGUUUCGGAAGUGAUCGAUACGAUGGAAGAUUUAGUGCAGUUUCUGAAAGAUUUAAGUCCGUGUCUGAGCAAGGUAUCGAGAGAGGUGGGCGCUAGGGAGAAGGAAUUAACGCAUCAGGUUCACAGUGAAAUUUUGGUGCGCUGUUUAGAGCAAGUGAAAAUUUUGGCACCGAUACUAAUCUGCAGCAUGAAGGUGUUUAUUUUGAUUGCUGAGCAAAGUGGCAAAGGUUCGGACGAAGCCGCCGAGAACCGGAACUAUUUAGCUUCACGAAUGAGUGAAGAGAUUCAAGAGAUUAUCAGAGUGUUGCAACUGACAACCUACGACGAGGAUCAAAGCGAACUGGACAAUCUAACAGUGUUGAAGAAGAUUCACAACGCUAUCAACAAUAAAAUGGAAGCUGCCAACGAUUGGUUGAGAAAUCCGUACGCCUUGAGAGGUGGAGUGGGGGAAAAGGCUUUGCGACAGAUUGUAGAUAAUGGACUUAAGGUGGCUGACCGUUGUUUGCCUCAAGAUUCGCAUAUAAUUAGGAAACUAGCCGGCGAUAUAACCGCAAUGACUAACACUUUGUGCGAUUUGAGACAGGAUGGCAAAGGCACAACACCGCAGGCGGAUUCGAUUGCUCGAGACAUUCGCGAUAAGUUGGGAAAUCUAGAACAAUCCGUUCUGAACGCCAUCAUGGGCGUCGACAAAGCAGGUCUCCAGCAGACCGCUCACACUGUCCAGGGGCGUUUGGAGCAAGCUUGCCGAUGGCUGCAAAAUCCUAGCCAGGAUGAUCGUGGGCUUGGUCAGCGAGCAAUUGCGUUGAUUGUCGAUGAGGGCCGUAAAGUUGCCGAAGGACUGGCUGGUCAUCAAAAAGCGGAAGUUAUGCAACUGUGCGAUGAAGUCGAACAACUUUCCCACGAUUUUUCACAGCUCUGUUCGAACGGAUUAGGUCAUACUGCUCAGGCUCAGGAAGUUGCGCGUCGUCUGAACGAAAAGCUACACGGAUUGAAGAAGCAAAUUCAAGAUGCCGUUGUUAAUCGGGUGGUUGAGGAUUUCAUCGAUAUAUCAUCGCCUUUGAAACAAUUCAUGGAAGCAGUGGCCUUGCCAGAAGGAACGCCCGGCAGGGACCAGAAUUUCAAUCAAAAAUCUAACAAACUACAAACAUUUAGCGAUCGUGCGUCAAAGACGAGCCGAAUGGUUGCCGCUGGUGGUUCCGGUGGCAAUAAAAAACUGGCGGAAGUUCUGCUUUCAUCAGCAUCUCAGAUUGAUAGCUUAACUCCCCAGCUGAUCUCAGCCGGUCGUAUCCGAAUGAAUUAUCCUACCAGCAAAGCUGCUGAAGAACAUCUCAAUAACCUGAAGCAACAGUACGCCGAUACAAUUUUACGGAUGCGAAAUCUUUGCGAUCAGGCCACUGAUCCUUCCGAUUUCAUAGAAGCUUCUGAAAAGCAAAUGCAGAAACAUUCGAUUCUCUGCGACGAUGCAAUCCGCACAAGACAACCGCAAAAAAUGGUCGACAACACAUCAAGUGAGGCCCGGCUGGCCAACCGAGUUCUGUUAGUUGCCAAACAGGAAGCGGACAAUUCCGAAGAUCCGGAAUUCAUUGCUAAAGUCAACGACGCAUCUGAUCGGCUCCAGCGGUCCAUUUCACCGAUGGUACAGGAAGCGAAGAAUGUUUCAACCAACAUCGCGGAUCCGAUUCAUGCUUCAAAUUGGCGAGAAGCCAAUAAACAGUUGCUCCAAAAUGUACGCAACAUUCGAAGUGCCAUCAACAACGUCCCAGAGGUUCCCGAAAUGCCGGAUAUAUCGGCUCUCCACGUGAACCAACAGCAUCAGGAGGCUGCUCCUCCACGUCCACCACUACCAAGAGAAAAUAUUCCUCCGGUGCGUCCACCUCCACCGGAAACUGAUGACGAGGAUGAACUUUUCCAGGGAAUGCCAAACGCGAACCAACCGAUCCUGAUGGCUGCCCACGGUCUGCACCAGGAGGUACGCCAGUGGUCUUCGAAGGACAACGAAAUCAUUGCCGCAGCGAAACGGAUGGCUGUCCUCAUGGCACGUCUGUCCGAGCUGGUCCGUGCUGAUUCGAAGGGUAGCAAACGGGAGCUGAUAGCGACUGCGAAAAAAAUUGCCGAAGCAUCCGAGGAUGUGACGCGGCUGGCCAAGAUACUGGCUCGGCAAUGCACGGAUAAGCGCAUCCGAACCAAUCUGCUGCAGGUGUGCGAACGAAUACCGACCAUCGGUACACAGCUGAAAAUUCUGUCCACCGUCAAGGCCACUAUGCUGGGGGCUCAGGGAUCGGAUGAGGACCGCGAGGCUACCGAUAUGCUGGUUGGCAACGCACAGAACCUGAUGCAGAGCGUCAAGGAAACGGUCCGCGCGGCCGAGGGCGCCAGCAUUAAGAUCCGUUCCGAUCAAAUCAAUCACCGCCUGCGUUGGGUGCGCCGACAGCCAUGGUAUCAGUACUAAAACAAAACAGAAAAAUCGCCAUCCACAGCACAGCACAAUCCUCUUCGUCGCCUUCGGUGAAGAAUUCGACGCGGAACUGGAACGAAUGCUUACUAGCUUGUAACUUUUUUGUGCAGCAAUGUCCCACACAAACACAUACACAUACACACACACACGCAUAGCCAUUCAUACAUGCACUUACACCGACACAACGAUUGGGAUGUGCUCAUUUUCUACGUAAAGAUAGUCGUAGUUUGUAAGAACGAGAUAUGACAGCGAUGUUUUACUUUGUAUUUAUUAACUAUUAACAUUUUAUUGUUCAACCAUAUAUAUCUUCGUAGAUAUUUUAACAUGUUUAUAACUUUUAAACUCACAUUUGUGAACAGUGAAAUUAUGAUGAAGGCAAAACAGUUUUGUCGAAUAGUGUCUCAUUUUCAGGAAACGGAAACAAGGAAUUUAAUAAAAGUAAAAAAACGAAAAGUAUUUAGAAAUAAUUAGAAAAAAAACACGUUGCCAAAAAAAUACAACAAAAGUGUUAGUAAGCAAAGCUUUUUUUUUGUUGAAUUUUGAAAAAUUUUAAAACAUCUCCGCUUACUAGUAGGUGUCAAAGUAGAAGAAAAUAGUCUAUUUUUAUCGAUGUUUUUUAACGCAAAUAACGAAACAAAUUUAACUGUAGGACCGUAAUUGAUGAUAACAGUGCUAAUACAAAUGAUUGAAGCGUGUUACGAAAAGUUUAUAAUGAUGUUUACCGACAGAAGACAUAGUUAAACAAAUCUACUACAACCAGAACCGGCCAUCGUGGCAUUCAUUUAUUCUGUUUGUAAGUGCAAUAUCGUAGCAUAACUCACACAAAAGUGCAUUGCAGAAGAAAGUAACCAAGUAUUCCUAGCAGCGACGACGUUCGGCGCAAAGAUUCUGUGCUCGAAUCGAGUCAUAACACAAUAGUACGAAUAGUAACUAACUAUCAGGUUUCACAUCCUGUCUAGCAAUAUUACAGUUUACAUAUUUUUACCUUACCUUACACAAACCUAGAGCAGCUAAUAAAGUAACCGGUCUAUUUUUGCAACAUUUUCUUUAAACAUCAGAUACAUAGCAAAACGAACAUACUUACUUAGCAUGUGUUACAAUAACAAGUGCCUAUUUAUAUUCAUUGUGAACAGUUUUUUCUUGUUCGAAUAUUUCAA